UAAAAAUCCAUUGUUUGACAGCUGUCACUCAAAGGUCGCAGAAAAUUGCCAAAAAAAUAUUUUUGGUGAAAAAAUACAUUUCGCAAAAGUUGUUAAGAAGGACAUUAUAACUUGUUUCAGUGAGUGAAAGUACAAAUGAAUAAGCUGUUGCCUGCAAGGAGGCGAAAGUUGCUACAGUUCUAGUUGGUGUACUUUGUAACCUAGCAAAAUGUUACGAAUACCGGUUCGAGGUAGAACAAUCCAUCAAAACAUACGUCUGAAGUCCACGAACUCGAGCAACUUUAUUAGAAGCACCUUCAUAGAGUAUUUCGUGGAGGGUCACGGUCACAAACAUGUGAAAUCGAGUCCCGUUGUGCCACUGUGCGAUUCUACCGUUCCCUUUGUGAAUGCUGGCAUGAAUCAGUUCAAAGGAGUGUUCCUCGGGCAAGUGGAGCCGCCGUGCGCGCGCGCCGUCAACUCGCAGAAGUGCGUGCGCGUGGGCGGCAAGCACAACGACCUGGACGCGGUGGGCACGGACGGACACCACCACACCUUCUUCGAGAUGCUCGGCAACUGGUCCUUUGGGGACUAUUACAAGAAAGAAGCAUGUCAAAUGGCCUGGGACCUACUGCUCGGUCCAUACCGGUUGAAACCAGAAAACCUUGUGGUGACAUACUUUGCUGGAGAUGUAGUCAUUGGCCUACCAGAGGACAGGGAGUGCCGUGACAUUUGGAGAGCUAUUGGGGUCCCAGACAGUCGCCUCAAGGCUUUAGACGCCAAAGAUAACUUUUGGGAGAUGGGCGCUACCGGGCCGUGCGGGCCCUGCACUGAGAUACACCACGUCAACCCGGACGGCUCGUUGACUGAGAUAUGGAACCUGGUCUUCAUACAGUGCAACAGGGAAGAAAACGGCUCGGUGACGCCGCUGCGGCGCCAACACGUGGACACAGGGCUGGGAUUAGAGCGGCUGGCGGCGCUACUGCAAGGCGCCCGCUCCAACUACGACACUGACCUGUUCCGCCCGCUCAUCACCGCUGUGCAACAGCACAGCAAAGGCGUGGCCCCGUACGCGAGAUUUUCGGCGCGGGCGCGGCAUAUUCGACAAGGCCUCACAUACGAGCGAACAUUGACUCAUGCACGUCACAGUAAAGGCGUGGCCCCGUACGCUGGGUCGUUCGACGCGGGCGCAGCGCUCGACGCCGCCUACCGCCGUCUAGCUGACCACGCGAGGAUGAUCAGCGUGUGCCUGGCUGACGGGGUCUUCCCGGCUUCCAGUCUAAACCUCAAGCAAAUAAUGCGCAAAUCCUUCAAAAUGUCCUCCGACAUCUUCCAAAACCCUCACUUACUAUCCUUACUCUACCAAGAAGUAGCCAACACGCUCGGAGAAACCUACCCCGAGCUGGUAGCAAAGAGUAAAGAAGCCAAAUUGAUCAUAGAGCAUGAGGAGCAGGCGUAUGCUAAGAUGAGGGCAGGGCUGGCGAAGAAAUGGAAGGAUCUGGCAAAGAGGUACCCUGAGGUUGAGGAGUUGGGAGAUGUGGAGAUGGCCAGCUUUGCCACGGGAUAUAAGGAGUUCAAAGAGGGAAUGGCCAAACAAAAAUCAACCACAAUACCUGGAGAGUUAGUCUUCAAGUUGUACGACACAUACGGUUUCCAAGAGGACAUGAUUGAGAGAAUAGCAACACUAAAUCAUUUGGACAUCGACAAAAAGGGCUUCUGGAAGCUUCUCUCAGAGCACAAAUCGAGGCACAAAACCGCUAUGAAAGAACAAUCGUCUAACAGGGCACUUCUCUUCGACAGUGCAGUAGAAAAAAUUAUAAAAAGUGGAGUAAAAUCCACGAACGAUCAGCACAAAUAUGCUUAUACACCUGUAGGAAACAAAAUACAAUUCAAGUCGCUCAAAACUAAACUCGUAGCUAUACUAAAUGAAGAUUGUGAGUGGAUAGACUUUUUAGACCCAUGCGAAGAUAGGCCUUAUUAUCUAGUAGCAGAAGAUUCUAAUUUCUACUGCGAGGAGGGAGGACAGACAGCUGAUAGCGGUACCAUAAAAGUAAAUAAUAAUGUGACUUUCAAAGUAGAUACUGUUUUCAAAAUUCGGGACUUCGUAUUCCAUAAGGGGUACUUCAAAGUGAACAAAGGAAGUGAUAAAAAUUAUGUGAACUAUAACAGUGAAGUGGUGUCAGAAAUAGAUGAGUGUAAAAGAGUGAAUGUGAUGAGGAACCAUACCGGUGUUCAUUUGUUGAAUGCGGCUAUCAGACAGGUGCUUCCGAAGAGCGUGGUGUGUCCUACGGGGUCUAGGGUCAGUGAUAAAGGACUGUCUUUAAAUCUGUCGGUCUACGGCGAGAAAUUGUCGCAGAAGGUGGUCUUGGACGCACAAGAAUUAAUUAGGGAAACAAUAAAAUGCAAUACGCCGGUAUCUACUCGCGUGGUGGACAGCUUAGCGGUAUCGAGGGAGGGUGACGUGGUCACUAUCCCGGGGGAAACUUACCCCGAAGUGGGACUAAGGAUGGUCGCGGUGGCCCCGCCUCCUUUGCUGUCCAACCUGGCGGUAUCAAGGAAAAGGGGCGUGGUCACCGUCCCGGGGGAAACUUACGAAGUGGGACUGAGGAUGGUCGCGGUGGCCCCGCCUCCUUUGCUGUCCAUGUAA